UUUUGCCUCCCCCUCGGCACUGCUCCCGUCGUCUCCCUGCUUCUCUCCUGUCGUCUUGGACGAUCUCACUGGAGGCUGUUAGAGUGUCUCGAAUAAGAUGGCCGACAACAACGGUGGCAACAGCAACAGUGGAGGCGCCAGCACCAACACGGCCGAGGUUCAGAUACAGAUCCCAGGACCGUCGAAAAACGAAGCUCCAGCAGCUCAGGAAGCACCAGCGGGGAGCUCCGACGCCAGGAAUUGGAAAUGGUGGUUUGUGGUGGCUACAGAUGCUUUCUUCCUUAUAGUUGGUCAGACAUCAGCAACAUUGUUGGGGAGAUACUACUACAGCCAAGGUGGCAGCAGCAAGUGGUUAUCAGCAUUCCUGCAGACUGCUGGCUUUCCUAUAUUGUUCUUCGGCCUGUUCUUUUUCCCUUCGAAGUCGUCUUCCGGCGAAACUCCGAUCGGCAAAGUUGCUAUGAUAUACGUUGUCCUGGGGCUCAUCAUGACCGCCGACGACAUUAUGUAUUCCCAUGGGCUGAUGUAUCUUCCAGUCUCGACAUAUUCGCUCAUCUGUGCUAGUCAGCUUGUCUUCAAUGUCAUCUUCUCAUACGUCUUAAACUCUCAGAAACUCACUGGUUUGGUCAUGAACUCUGUGGUCCUGCUUACCUUGUCUGCUUUGCUCCUUGGAGUCAACCAUGAAUCUUAUGGAUACACCGGUGUUUCAAGAGGAAAGUAUCUUCUGGGUUUCCUACUGACACUAGGAGCGUCAGGCACAUAUUCACUUAUCCUUUCCCUGAUGCAACUUACAUUCGAGAAUGUGGUCAAGAAGCAAACCUUCUCGGCAGUUUUGAACAUGCAGAUAUAUACUGCAUUUGUGGCAACCUUUGCCUGUCUUAUUGGACUAUUUGCAAGCGGUGAAUGGAAAGAUUUGAAAGGGGAGAUGGACAGUUUCCAAUCAGGGCAGUUCUCUUACCUGAUGACCUUGGUGUGGACUUCCGUGUCCUGGCAGGUCGCUUCUAUUGGAAUGGUGGGUUUGAUAUUUGAGGUAUCGUCGCUGUUCUCCAAUGUGAUCAGCAUCUUUGCUCUGCCUAUCGUUCCUCUUUUUGGUGUGAUGGUCUUUCAUGACGAGAUGAAUGGAGUCAAGAUCAUAGCCAUGCUAAUCUCGAUAUGGGGUUUCAUUUCAUAUGUCUGUCAACACUAUCUUGACAAUAAGAAAGCUAGAAGUGCAUAGGGGGGUAUUCCUAGGGUCUGCAAUUAUCUUGCGAUAGAAAGCUCUAUGCAGAUUUAGUUUGUUGGCUGUGAGAUAAUGGGUGUUCAUUAUUUAUGUUAAUUUGAAUACAUUUCAGCAGGAGGAACUAUAUAUAGCUUUUCUUAGCAUUUAUAUUGUAGCUAACAUUUUUCUUAGAAAUUGUUUGGUCUUGUUUUUUGUUUUGCGUCUAUGUAAGGAUGUGUGCCGUUGAAUAAAACAUGAUAGAUUUGUUGGUGAA